AUGUCGGCAGUUACGGAGGUUCAGAACACCACAACUGAGGCCCUGGCCGCCCUGGUAGACGGGGGUGAAGGCUCCCUGGUGACGCUGGUGGCGGGCGAGACGAGGGUGGCGGCUCACAGGGCCGUGUUGGCAGCCGCGAGCCCCGUGUUCGCAGCGAUGUUCGCGCACGACAUGCUGGAGGCCAGCUGCGGCCAGGUGAGGAUCGACGACGUGGAGGGCCCGGUGCUGAGGCUCCUGGUGGCCUACGCGUAUACCCUGCAGGCCCCCCAGCUGCCCGACACGGCCGCCCAGCUGCUCUCGGCGGCCGACAAAUACGGCUUGUCGGCCCUGAAGGCUGCCUGCGAGCGGCAGCUGAUCUCGCAGUUGGCCGUCGAGACCGCAGCGGCGACGGCCGUCACGGCAGUGAGGCACUCGUGCCCGGACGCCACCAGGGCUGCCGUCGCCUUCAUAAAGCACCACCCGCAGGUGAUGGCCACGUGGGGCUGGGCAGACGCUGUGCUCGACUACCCACAAGAAGUCAACAAAGUCACCCGUCUGCUCGGUGAGCCACCAGCAGAAGCCAGUGUUUCUCUGUGCAGCUCGCUGACCGCCACAGGGGGCGGGCCCACCCCCAACUCUGACCGUCAACCCCACAGCAGCCACAGCCGGACUCCUGCUGCAGCUGCGCCUCCCACGUCUGCCCGACACACCCCUCCACCCGAUGACGCAGCCGUCUCUCGCUUCCGGAGCCUUUCUGGGGAAGAGCGAGGCAGGAGGCUGAUAGAGGCGGCUGAGGUGGGGGUGAUGGAGGAGGUGCGGGCGUUGCUGGCGGCUGGGGCGGACGUGGGGGCGAUGGACGAGGACGGGUGGACCGCCCUGCACUGGGCUGCACUGAGAGGCGACGCGGCUGUGGUGCGGCUGCUGCUCUCUGCGGCGUCCGACCCCAACGCCAGGAAUCUGCUGGGGCGGACGCCGCUGCACUGGGCGGCACGGAAUGGCCACGCAGAAGUGGCGGCUGCGUUGCUGCAGGCCGGAGCCGACAGGGGAGCGGUGGAUGCAGAUGGGGAGAUCCCCCUGGACAUCGCCAGGGACAAAAACCAGCAGCAGCUCGUUGAGAUGCUAACACAGUGUUCAUACGUGCCAGUAGAGGAAAUGACAUGUACUUCAUUGUACAUAGUAUUAAAAUAA